AUGAAUCGCGACAACGUGAUCAACGCUUUGCAAGCCACCACCGUUGGCGACAAUCAGAAAGUGGAGUCGUUCCUUGAUGAGAAACAUGUUGCGUCGGUCGGCACUACUCAAUCGGAGUGUAUGUUGCAGCGUACCGGCUCGCAUGAAACCAGAGCCGAGGUAGCGAGCCGCCGUACCACUACCUCGUCGAGUGAUGGUGCCGACUGGCGUACUUUGCGCACGCUCACAAACGAUGAUGAUUGCGCCGAUGCGGAAAUUUGCAAGACGGUAGCCGCCAGUAGCGAGCACAUUUGUGGUUUAAUGGAGCGAUGGCGUAGUGCUGCACGUAGAGCUCGUCGUUUGUCAUAUGAUCCUUGGUCACAUUUUUUUAUUCAUGAGAAGCUCCCCUCUAACAGUCAUGUUAACGACUGGAAACUUGCUCAUAACUAUGUAGCAAAGAGAUAUAUUCAAGAGGUAGAUCGAUCGGUUCUUUUCGAGGACGUGAAACUGCAGAUGGAUGCCAAGUUGUGGGCUGAAGAGUUCAAUCGUUAUGAUCCCCCGAAGAAGAUAGAUAUAGUUCAAAUGUGUGUUCUCGAAAUGAUAGACAUGCCAUCGGAGCCACUAUUCCACCUAGAACACUAUAUUGAAGGCGAAUACAUCAAAUAUAACUCGAACUCAGGUUUUGUUUCCGACAUUGCUCGGAAAACACCUCAGGCUUUCUCACACUUCACCUUCGAAAGAUCCGGUCAUCAAAUGAUUGUGGUGGAUAUUCAGGGAGUUGGAGACCUUUACACUGAUCCACAAAUACAUACAGUUCUUGGCACAGAUUAUGGUGACGGUAAUCUGGGCACACGGGGAAUGGCUUUGUUCUUUCACUCUCACUUGUGUAAUGAUAUCUGUCACUCCCUGUGUUUAACGGAGUUUGAUUUGUCACGAACGGAACGUAUGGAACUUUUGCGCGGUACAUGGGCCAAUAAUAUGAACCAGUCGACAGUUUUCACGCGUACUGUUAGUGCUUGCUCUGCAAUUGUUCCGGAGCUGAUUCAGGAAGAUGCAAUGGAAUGCUUGCGACUGCGUACAAUAUCUUUGCGGAGCCGUGCUUCCUCCACGGGCGAUUUCAGACAUGAAUCUGGAGAUGUACAUGAUGACGAUUGUCUUUGCGAUGUUUGUCUUGCCGAAGUAACUUCCGAGCUGGCUAGUGAUGCUUUUAGCGAAACCACAGACGAGAAUGAAAAUGGAGAAGAGCUCCCUUGCCCUGUGAGAAAGGUCGGCUUCCGUAGUCUGUCGGAUAGACCAAACCGUAGCGAAAGUUUUUCUAGCUCACUUGGUUCGACAUCUCUGGGAAGUUCGUCAAGAGUUACUCGAGAUACAGAAAAAGAAGAAUAUUGGGUUAAUGCUCGAAAGAAGUCAGUGCCUGCUGGAGUUUUCUCUGCUAUGGAGAUGCAGCAGCUAGCUGAAUCUGCAAAGCUUACCCAAAAUGUUUCAAUACUAGGUCAAAUUCAUCUGGAUAUGGCGCGAUAUCACGAGGUUGGAAGAUUUCUGCCGGAGAAAUCUAAUGAAGAAAAGCAUGCCGAUCCGCUGGAUGGUUCCGACGUUGACAUCAUUUGUUGGAAUGAUUCCUUCAGUUACGACAAACAGUCUGCUUAUUUCCAUCUUGACAUUGCACGACGUUGCGGUGUAUUAGAAGCAAUUAUCACUGUAGCUCAAAUGGCUUACAAAAUGCCGCAUGAUCUGUUGAAAGAUGUUGGUGACGAUCAGAUCUUUUUAGAAAAUGGAGUAGCUAGAGAAGAUUUUGAUAGAGAGGAAUUUGGUUUUGAACUUAUGGAGACUGCUGCGGAAAUGGGAGAUCGCAGUGCUAUGCUGUUUGUGGCCGAAUCGUUUGAAACCGGGCGCAGAAUGGGUCCAAAUGCACAACCAAGUUACCCAGAUGCUAUAAAGUGGUACGAAAAAGUAGUCGGAUUUACGGAUGAUGAUAGUGGUGAAGGUGUCGUUCUUCCACGUUAUGAAGUGUUAGCAAAAAUGGCUCAGAUGUAUCAGGAAGGCGGAUGUGGUCUCACACAAAACUUUGAACUUGCGUAUAACUUGUAUACAGAAGCUGCUGAGGUAGCUAUUGAAGCCAUGAAAGGGAAAAUUGCUAACAAGUUCUAUGAACAAGCUGAGAUGUGUUCUCGCUAA